AUGUCCUUUUACCGAACUCGUGAAAUGAUAAGUCACAAUUACUGUCUUGACAGAGUACAGUUAAAACGUGUCUCUCAAGUAAAUGACUUGGGUAUUGUUUUUGUUCCUUCGCUAGACUCUAGACCACAUAUUGACUUCAUAGUUGGUAAAGCUCUGCGUGUGUUAGGAUUUAUUCGUCGUAAUUCUUCAAAUUUCAAAUCUCGUAAUUGUUUAGUUGCUUUAUAUAGUUCUCUUGUUAGAUCGACUUUAGAAUAUGGAACAUUGAUAUGGUUACCCUACACAGCAGUUGACAAACGCCAAAUUACAAAGGUUCAAAAUAGAUUUCUAGGUUUCGCUGGUUAUACCCUUAAUAUUGCGCACCCAGCCCAUGAUUACGGUCCAAUAAAUGAAUUUCUUAAUCUUGAAUCCUUAGAAUUUAGACGUGUAAAAUUCGGUAAAUAUUUUAUCGAUAGAUUAUUAAAUGGUGAUAUUGAUGCCCCACGUUUAUUAGAACGACUUGAUAUUCUUGUACCCUGUAAUACUAGGUUUCAGUGUCAAUUUUAUUUACCUCUAAGCAGCUCCAAUUUUGCUAAAAAUGCACCCUUAAUUAAGCUUAUGCAAAAAUAUGAGGUGGUCGUGCAACCACUUCUGGAUGAUUUGGCAUGGAUUGACCCUAAUGCCAAAAAUACCAAACGAAAAUAA